AAUGUCUUGAAUACUAAACAAUAAUAAUAAUAAUAAUAAACAACAAAAAUGGCGAACAUUUGAGUGAAUUGAUUGUCAAUUGUUUUCGUUGUCUUAACUAAAAUAAUAUAUUAUUUUUUUGUGAUAAUUUAUAACUAAUAUGGGAUCAGAUGAUCACCUAAACUGUUGACACACACACUUUUGUCGUGGUUGUGGUCGUUGUCGCCGCCGAAGACCAAAUAUGUUCCGAUUCGGGUCGCGAAAGGAUGUCAACUGCGAGUUCAAGUGUGCCAUCAGAUUGUUGGACGACAACGAAGUACUUCAGACAGAGUUCAAGCGCGAACAUAAAGGACAAUAUCUGUUGGACUAUGUCUUCAAAACACUGAAUCUCGCGGAAAAAGACUACUUUGGUCUGCGAUUUGUCGACCAAAACAAGCAACGGAACUGGUUGGAUCCGACGCGGUCUGUCAUCAAACAGGUCAAAGGUCUGAAUCCGAUUGUCUUCUGUUUUCGUGUCAAGUUCUAUGCGGCCGAUCCGUCAGUUUUGAAAGAAGAGAUUACCCGUUAUUUCCUUUAUCUGCAACUAAGACGUGAUCUACUUCACGGACGACUGUAUUGUAUGCCAACUGAGUCCACUAUUUUGAUGGCUUAUAUUAUCCAAUCUGAAUUAGGCGAUUACGAUGCCGAAGAUCAUGUCGGCAAUUAUGUCCAAGAGUUCAAACUGUUGCUGAAUCAAAGCACCAAAAUCGAGGUCCAAGUGAUGGACAUUCAUAAGAAUGCUCUGAGAGGACAGACUCCGGCUCAGGCAGAGCUUAACUUUUUGAAGAAGGCGUCACAAUUGGAGACAUACGGCAUUGAUCCGCAUCCGGUCAAAGAUCAUAAAGGCUGUCAACUGUAUUUAGGUGUCAAUCAUACCGGUAUACUAGCCUUUCAGGGCAGUCGUAAGACACAUCACUUUAAAUGAUAUUUCUUUACAAUGAACUCGUCGCGCGACAUACCAUUCGUAACAUCCGGUGGCGGACUGUUUUCGAGGAAUAAACUUCGCUACAG